AUGGGAAGCUCCAGCUCCGCCAAGAAGUCCCCGCGCGCGCGCGCGGAGCAGAAGGCGGAAAAAACUGCGAGCAAACGGAAAAGCUCCUUGGGGAAAGCUGACGGGGCCAAUGCGGAGGCGGGCGGAAGUGGAGAAGGUGUUGGCGGAGCGGUUGGUUCCGCGAAGCGGCGGAAAGUUGCGCGGAUGGCGGAAGCGACGGCAGAAGGCGCGGCAGAGAGGUCCGCCGGAGCGGUUUCCGCCAAAGGCGAACGGAAGAACGACAAUGGCGACGUGGGCUCGGGGGAAGGGGACGAUUCGGGUUAUAUUCUUAAAGGAAUUUCUCUAGACGAGGACGUAGACGCGUUAGUCGCGGAGCGGGAACGAGCGUCGAGGAAGCGUCUCGGAAAAUCCGCUAAGACCGCCAAGAGAGGGAUUAAUGAGUCGAAUAACGAGGUAACGAAGGAUAAAAAGAAGGGAAAUGCUAAGAAGGGGCGUGCGGAACGAUCAAAUGCGGAGCCCGCGGGGAAAGCGGGGGAAGCGGGGAGAGCCAGGGGAGCGGAAGAGGCAAGGCGGGCGAGAGAGGCGGGGAUGACGGAGGCGCAGCGGCAGGAGGAGAGGGAGAAGGAAGCGCUGAAGGCGCAAGGGUACAAGGAAGACGAUUUCAAGGUGUCAGCAGCAAUAGCGCUGGAUGCAGUGAGGAGGGGCACGUGGGACAGCACAGCAAGGGCGUGUCUUCUUCCCUCUUUAACACUAGCCUCUAUACCCUAUUCCCCCCCAACCUUCCCCAUCCAUUCGCCCCCCCAGGUGCUGGCAGCAAUACCGCUGGAUGCAGCGAGGAGGGGCGCGUGGGGCAGCAAGGGGGACUGGGGGAAGUGGCUGGCUGCAGGGCAGGGGGAGGAGGGGAAGGGAGAAUCAUCCAUUUCCCCCUCCCUCCGCACGCAAGCAUUUGAUGCUGAUUGCCCGUGCUCUCUCUCGUGGCUCUCCCCCCUUUCUUUCCCACAGGCGUUGGCAGCAAUAGCACUGGAUGCAGCGUUGGCAGCAAUAGCACUGGAUGCAGUGAGGAGGGGCGCAUGGGGGAGCAAGGGGGACUGGGGGAACAGACAGCCGUGGGUGCUGGUGGCGGGGUUUGUGGCAUCGCUGGAAGAUGCCGGGAACUUCCGGGUGAAGAAGUUGCUACAGCAGCACAGAGCGUUGCAGCAGCAGAGGGAGGAGAGGGAAGCAAAGAGGUCGUUUGCAGAGGAUCGGAUGAGGGAGAGCAACAAGAAGAUCAUGUGGCUGCUUCGCUGCACGCGCGCCCACUGCCGCUACAAGAAGGCGUUCACAUUCCCAUCAUUCAUGGAGGGUUGGGUCUGCACUGAUCAAAAUGCAGAGAGCAAGGUGGAGAAGGAAGAGGAUGAGAAGGCAGAUAGAGGGAAGGAAGCAGAGGGAGGGAAGGAGAAGAGGAAGGGGAAGGAGAAGGGGAAGGAGAAGGGGAAGGAGAAGGGGAAGGCGAAGGAGGGGAGGGAGAAGCUGAGGCUGGUGGGGAUGGACUGUGAGAUGUGUGAGACGUGGGAUGAUGAAGAAUCCAUGGAGCUCACACGGGUCUCUGUGGUGGACGACAAGGGCAAGACGUGGGACGAUGAAGAGCCCAUGAAGCUGACACGCGUCUCUGUGGUGGACGGCGACAAGGGCAAGGUGCUGUUGGAUCGGCUGGUGAAGCCACAGAGGGAAGUGAAGUCGUAUGUGACUGAGAUCACCGGCCUAAAGGAGGAGAAUUUCAAGACGGUCCAAUACACGUGGGAGGACGCACAGUCACUGGAUGAGAUCACCGGGCUGAAGGACGAGGAUUUCAAGAAGGUCAGGGACACAUUGGAGGACGCACAGCGUGACGUGGCGGCACUGCUGACACCCAACACAGUGCUGGUGGGGCACCACGUGUCUGGUGACAUGGAUGUGCUGAAGAUAGACCAUCCAUUGGUCAUCGACACAUCGCUGCUCUUCCGCUACUCAUCAAAGGACUCCAAUAUGUCUACCGUUCAGCUACCCCUGGCUCUCGUUGCUCUGCUACCCCUGGCUCUCGUUGCUCUGGUGAGUCGUGCGCGCAUAACAUUGCAUUGGCACUGCAUGGGAUUGGGUAGUCAGUUCCUCCCCCAGCCGUCUCUCUUCCGCUACUCAUCAAUGGACUCCAACAUGUCCACCGUUCAGCUACCCCUGGCUCUCGUUGCUCUGGUGAGUCGUGCGCGCAUAACAUUGCAUUGGCACUGCAUGGGAUUGGGUAGUCAGUUCCUCCCCCAGCCGUCUCUCUUCCGCUACUCAUCAAUGGACUCCAACAUGUCCACCGUUCAGCUACCCCUGGCUCUCGUUGCUCUGGUGAGUCGUGCGCGCAUAACAUUGCAUUGGCACUGCAUGGGAUUGGGUAGUCAGUUCCUCCCCCAGCCGUCUCUCUUCCGCUACUCAUCAAUGGACUCCAACAUGUCCACCGUUCAGCUACCCCUGGCUCUCGUUGCUCUGGUGAGUCGUGCGCGCAUAACAUUGCAUUGGCACUGCAUGGGAUUGGGUAGUCAGUUCCUCCCCCAGCCGUCUCUCUUCCGCUACUCUUCAAUGGAUUCCAACAUGUCUACCGUUCAGCUACCCCUGGCCCUCGUUGCUCUGGUGAGUCGUGCGCGCAUAACAUUGCAUUGCCACUGCAUGGGAUUGGGUAGUCAUUUCCUCCCCCAGCCGUCUCUCUUCCGCUACUCAUCAAUGGAUUCCAACAUGUCUACUGUUCAGCUACCCCUGGCUCUCGUUGCUCUGCGUGACAUGGGCUACAAGAUGCGGCAGGGCGACACGUCCCACCACGACAGUGUGGAGGACUCACUGGUUCCCGUCCGACUGGUUCAGAAGGCUGUUGCCUCUGACGCUCUCCUCCCCACGCCCAUCCAGCCGCUCUCCGCCAUUGUAAGUCCCACCCACCUGUGUCAAUCACACCACGACAGUGUGGAAGACUCCUUGAUUCCCGUUCGGCUGGUCCAGACGGCCGUCGGCACUUCUGCACUGCUCCCCACGCCCAUCCAGCCGCUCUCCGCCAUUGUCAAGUCCCAACCACCACCUCACACUCUAUCAAUGCAUAUCGAACAUAAGCCUGAGAGAGGCCCAACCGCUGUGCUAUCCGAUUUCCCACCCGGGCACGGCUGUGCUAUCGAUCGAGUCCUAUCAGCCUUCCAAGUUGGAAACUAUCUGAUGAGGGAACUGACCGUUGACAGCCUGCCACGUGGCACUACUCCAGAGAUGAUCCUUGCCUUGCUGGCGCAUUACGAGAGGAGGAGGAUGGAAGCGAAGAGAGGGGAGGAGGAAGAGAAGGGGACAAGCGAGGGGCAGGAGGGGCCGGAGGAGGGGGAAGGGAAGGGAAAGAAGGGGAAGAAAGGGAAGAUGGUCAAGAAGGGGAAAAAGGGGGAGAGAGAGGGGGAGGGGAAGAAAAAAGGGGACGAGGAAGGGGAGAAAGAAAAGGAGAAUGAGGAGGAGGAUGAGACAAGAAUCUGGGUUCCGGGGCAGCAGAAGGAUGAGGAUGACAUGAUGCCAUGGGUUACGGUAGCUCUGCUCCUUUCCCUUUUUGACUCUUCCCCUUGUGCAAACUCACGCUUUUUCUUCACCACCACUCCUCUCCCCGACUGCUCUUCCCUCUCUCUUUUCUACCCCAGAAAUCCUGACCCAACCACAGGGAAACCUCGACCCAGCGGCAGAGGUGAUGGUUGCUUCGCUCGUGUGCACUACCCCUUCCCUUCGUCCGCUCUCGCUCUCUUCCACUCUCUUCCAGGGGAGAUUGAAGCGGACCCCUGGGGGCGGUGGAAAAAGAAGAUUCCAGUACCAGAGCACCUGCAGAAGCACAUCUAUUAUAUCGAAUACCCCAGAGGCGCAGGUGGUAACAGCGGUAUCCCUGUCUACCGGCCUGCGACAGAGGUGGUGGUGGCGUGUGGCGGCGAUGGUAACCGCAUGAUCCACGGGGUUGGGGCGAAGAUGCUCAGAGCCAUGGGGGAUCAACUGACACUUGUGUGUGAGGAUGCUGAUGAUGUAUGGGAUGUGUUAGUAGGGAGGGAAGAGAAGGAUGGGGAGGAGGAGGAGGAGGAGGAGGAGGAGGAGGAGGUGAAGCAGCUGGAGGCAGGGCAGGAGGAGAGGCAGUUGGAGCAGACGCGGGUGAGAGAUGAGAUUAUGGCGAAGGCGAGAGCGGACAUGAAGGCCAAGUGGAAGCAGAUGCUUGCUAUGGAUGAGACCGACGAGUGCUUAGUUGAGAGUCUUUUAAGAAGCAGUUAUUAUGAUGCGGUGGCUGCAGUGGAGAGGGCGAGAGGGGAGGGUGGGGGAGGGAAGGAAGGGGAGGUGGAGGUGCAGGUUGGAGAGGAGGGGAUGGAGCGGGCGAUUAGAGAGCUGAUCUUGCGGCUGCAGAGGAAACAGGAGCUUCUGCAACAGCAGCAGCAGCAGCAGCAGCAGCAGCGGCGGCAGCAGCAGGGAAAGUUGGCUCAAGGGCAGGUUGAUGGAAGGAUGCGUGAUGGUGCUGAUUUGGGGGAGUUGAGAAGGAGGCUAGCGCAUAGGGAGAUGGAGGUUGAGGUUUUGCAGAGGAUGGUUAUGUUCCUGGGGCAUAGACUGUGGGGAGAGGAGGGGGAGGAGGAGGAGGGAGAGGAGGGAGAAGAUGAGAUGGAGUAUGAGUUAGAGGAGGAUUUUGAGAGAGAGGAGGGAGGAGUGGGGGUGGGGAAUGGGUUGGAGAUUGAGGGGGUGGGGGAGGAGAUGGAGGGGGUGGGGGAGGGGGAGGAGGAGGAGGAGGAGGAGGAGGAGGAGGAGGAGGAGGAGGAGGAGGAGGAGGAGGAGGAGGAGGAGGAGGAGGAGGAGGAGGAGGAGGAGGAGGAGGAGGAGGAGGAGGAGGAGGAGGAGGAAGAGGAGGAAGAGGAGGAAGAGGAGGAAGAGGAGGAAGAGGAGGAAGAGGAAGAAGAGGAGGAGGAAGAGGAGGACGAAGAGGAGGAAGAAGAGGAAGACGAGGAGGGUGAGGAGCAGGAGGAAGGGGAGGAAGAGGAGGAAUAA